UUCUUGGAUCUAGGUGUCAUUUUGCUUGUUAUCACUGGCGUGGAGGCGAUGUUUGUUGAUCUUGGACAUUUCAGUCGAAAAGCUAUUCAAAUAUCUUUUCCAUACUUUGUCUAUAUUCCUUUAAUAUUGGUUUAUUUGGGUAAAGGUGCCAGUUUGAUCCUGUAUCCUAACGUGAUUGAAAAUACUUUUUGGUUAUCAAUUCCUGAUAAUAA